AGUCAAAAUGGCAGACGAUGGAAAGAGUCUUUCUGCAUUGUUAAAUGGCCUAACAAGGCGAAUUUACUAUGGUGAAGAGGAAUUAACAGAUGAAUUUCUUAAAAAUGAAAUAUACCCAAAUUUGACCGAAGAGGAAUUCGAGCAUUUGGUCAAUAGAACCAUACAUUUAAUGAAGAAUAUGGUGUCAGCAGAUAUGGAUAUGACUCAACUUGAAAUGUUUCUUACAGCACAGAUGAAAAAAAGGGAAGGCGCAAUGACAGAACAACAAGCAAAUAUUUAUAGAAAGUUUUGGAAAACGCAUAAAACAAAAAUACAUGAUAAAAUUGUUGCACAAACUAUGUGGGGAAACACUCUUCAAAAAGUGUCAUGGAGAAUCGAUUUAAAAUCACAAGCCAGAAGAUCAGAAGACAUUAACACUUCCUCUGCCAUUAUGGAAUUACAGAUCGGAGAGCAUCAAAAUAAAGAUAAGUUAACGGAAGUUGUUAGAUUUGAAAUGGACGAAGAUAAAUUAAAAGAUGUAUUAAAAAGUAUGCAAGAGAUAGAAGAACAAAUAGACCAGUAUUGUAAAAAAUGAUUCCGGGUUUUUGUUAUAUACACCAUCCUCAUAUAAACACAGUCAAUAUCAUUACCAGGUUUGGGGACCAAGCAAGAGGUUUUGUUGUACUAAUUGUAAUCUUAUUAAAACACCAUGGGUACCAUUUACAAUCCAAAAAUUCAAUCAUUCUCUUCAUUUUGACUUAAUUCCUCAUCAUAACGCAUAGAAGGGGGUGGAGGCGGAUUAGUGUAACACAUGUGCUUUAGAUCAUAAGGUCUGUCAUUGAGUCAAGUGGGGUGGUUUUCAUUCUCCCAACUUGUAUGUGACAAGUAGGUGGAUCGCCUGUCCAACCUCAUGGGUUUUCUCCAGGUCCCUUCCACAGCUAAAGAACCAUAUAUGUUAGUCCUAAAAUGACCUAGAUUGUGUUGAAUUGACGUUAAACCCUGUUUCUCUCUCUCUGUAUAGUACAAGGGGAGAUUCAGAGGGAAGGGGGGGGGUUCAGGAAUGUAUCUUACCUAUAAAAUAUUGUACAGUGUACCCUAUCAUUUCCAAGCUGCAUACUUUUUUCAAAAUACCUGUAUCUUGUGAAAAAGGUGCCCAAUUUUAGUAAAACUUUUCAGUGAGAAAGACUUGCUUGGUCGCUAGGCCAAUACUGAUGAUUGUGGUUUGUGGUUAUAGUAAAAUAUUAAUCAUUUUUUAUAUUUAUAAGAUGUAAUUGAAUGAAUUUGUAAAUAAAUACUAUAUCUAUAUAAAAUAACAGAAAAAAUA